CGCUGUGGUAGCAGAACUCCCCUCGACUGACAUCCAUCGUCGAGGCCCACGACAAGGACGAAGUAAAUAUGAAGGUCCUGGUUGCCGGUUCCCGCUUUUUUUUCUCCUUUUUUUCCUUCCUCGGCGCUCUUACGGAUAUGAGACUUUCCAUGUAUUGGCGGAAUUGGGCGGAAAUAUCAGUGCUUCAGUGUGUUCCCGAGAUGAAACGGUCUGCCAAUCCCCUCGACGCUUGCUCCGUAGCGAAUCGAUCCGGCCACGCAUGCAGUUUCUUUCAAAACUACUGUGAUUCGUCGGGGAGAUCGAGAGCUACUAAAGGAAGCCAAUUCUCUUCAAAUGAAGCUCAUCCCUCGGCAUUGCUCCCCCAUCUAUCGAUCUUCAAUAUUCACGCCACAACUUCCCUCGCGCUUUCACACGUCGGUGUACAGUAUUUCACGGGCGUUAAUUAGCCGGUGAAUGGGCCACCGGGCAGCCGAAAUCGACCUCGCGCGAUACGCAGUACAGUCACAUGAGUAUCUGCAACCGUGACGAUGCAGAUGCGAGUUGUUCGAAUUAUUGUUCUUCAAAAGGAUGACAGAGGGAAGCACGAAAAAAUUAAGCGAAAGGAGUCAUGGUUACGACCACGAUGAAUUCGAUCAUGGGUUGGAAAGCUGAACACACAAAGGCCGCUCAUUUCAUGUGCGCUACAACCCGCAAUAGCGUGCAUGACGCCCGAAUCAGGCGCCUCUCCAGUGCUGCAAUAAGCGCAAGGCAAGGCGGCAUCAUGCAUGCAGUCGACGCCACCGGCAAGACUUUGGCCUCGUGAAAUAGGACAUUGAAAAAUGAAUGAAAUACCCAUUUGCAGCCCUAAAGAAAUAAACGAGC